AACCGUGCAUCCGCUCCCCGAAGCAGCAGGCAGUGUGCCUCCAUUCAGCCACAUUUGGUAUGCAUGAGCACCGCUGCAGGCAGAGGGGAGGUGGCUUUCUCAAGAAGGUUCAGUGGCUCAGGCACCGCCACUUGACUAGUCUCCCAAGUUCCAGGAAGCCUCUGCCCUAAUGGAAUUUGCAGAUGUGGAAAUGACCAUGGGACGCCAGGGGCGUGGGGGGCCAUUUAUUUUCUAGGCGUUGCUCAGGUUUGCAGUUUCUGGUUUUCCCGGUGGAAUUUUCAAGGGGUCAUGAAUCAGACUGAUGCUCCUCGACCCCUAAACUGGACCAUUCGGAAGCUGUGCCACGCAGCCUUUCUCCCAUCUGUCAGACUUCUUAAGGCUCAGAAAUCCUGGAUAGAAAGAGCAUUUUAUAAAAGGGAAUGUGUUCACAUCAUACCCAGCACCAAAGACCCCCAUAGGUGUUGCUGCGGGCGUCUAAUAGGCCAGCAUGUCGGCCUCACUCCCAGUAUCUCCGUCCUUCAAAAUGAGAAAAACGAGAGUCGCCUCUCUCGAAAUGACAUCCAGUCCGAGAAGUGGUCCAUCAGCAAGCACACGCAACUCAGCCCAACAGAUGCUUUUGGGACCAUUGAAUUCCAAGGAGGUGGCCAUUCCAACAAAGCCAUGUAUGUGCGAGUAUCUUUCGAUACAAAACCUGAUCUCCUCUUACACCUGAUGACCAAGGAAUGGCAGCUGGAGCUUCCCAAGCUUCUUAUCUCUGUCCAUGGAGGCCUGCAGAACUUUGAACUCCAGCCAAAACUCAAGCAAGUCUUUGGGAAAGGUCUUAUCAAAGCAGCCAUGACAACUGGCGCAUGGAUAUUCACUGGAGGGGUUAACACAGGUGUAAUUCGUCAUGUUGGAGAUGCCUUAAAAGACCAUGCAUCAAAGUCUCGAGGGAAGAUAUGUACCAUAGGUAUCGCCCCCUGGGGAAUUGUGGAAAACCAGGAGGACUUGAUUGGAAGAGAUGUUGUCCGGCCCUAUCAGACCAUGUCCAACCCCAUGAGCAAGCUCACUGUUCUCAACAGCAUGCAUUCCCACUUCAUUCUGGCUGACAACGGGACCACCGGAAAAUAUGGAGCAGAGGUGAAACUUAGGAGGCAACUGGAAAAGCAUAUUUCACUCCAGAAGAUAAACACAAGAAUCGGUCAAGGCGUUCCAGUGGUGGCACUCAUUGUGGAAGGAGGACCCAAUGUGAUCUCAAUUGUCUUGGAGUACCUUCGAGACACCCCUCCUGUGCCGGUUGUGGUCUGUGAUGGGAGUGGACGGGCAUCUGACAUCCUGGCAUUUGGGCAUAAAUAUUCAGAAGAAGGCGGACUUAUAAAUGAAUCUUUGCGGGACCAGCUGUUGGUGACCAUCCAGAAGACUUUCACAUACACUCGAACCCAGGCCCAGCAUCUGUUCAUCAUCCUCAUGGAGUGCAUGAAGAAAAAAGAAUUGAUUACGGUAUUUCGGAUGGGAUCAGAAGGACACCAGGACAUUGAUUUAGCUAUCCUGACAGCUUUGCUCAAAGGAGCCAAUGCCUCUGCCCCAGACCAACUGAGCUUGGCCCUAGCGUGGAACAGAGUCGACAUCGCUCGCAGCCAGAUCUUUAUUUAUGGGCAACAGUGGCCGGUGGGGUCUCUGGAACAAGCCAUGUUGGAUGCCCUAGUUCUGGACAGAGUGGAUUUUGUGAAAUUACUCAUAGAGAAUGGAGUAAGCAUGCACCGUUUUCUCACCAUCUCCAGACUAGAGGAAUUGUACAAUACGAGACAUGGGCCCUCAAACACAUUGUACCACUUGGUCAGGGAUGUCAAAAAGCGAGAAUAUCCAGGUUUCGGUUGGAUCUAUUUUAAGGGGAACCUGCCCCCUGACUACAGAAUCAGCCUGAUCGACAUCGGCCUGGUGAUCGAGUACCUGAUGGGUGGCGCUUACCGCUGCAACUACACGCGCAAGCGCUUCCGGACACUCUACCACAAUCUCUUCGGCCCCAAGAGGCCCAAAGCCUUGAAACUACUGGGAAUGGAGGAUGAUGUUCCCUUGAGGCGAGGAAGAAAGACAACCAAGAAACGUGAAGAAGAGGUAGACAUUGACUUGGAUGAUCCUGAGAUCAACCACUUCCCUUUUCCUUUCCACGAGCUGAUGGUGUGGGCUGUCCUGAUGAAGCGGCAGAAGAUGGCCUUGUUCUUCUGGCAGCAUGGCGAGGAGGCCAUGGCCAAGGCCCUGGUGGCCUGUAAGCUCUGCAAAGCCAUGGCUCAUGAGGCUUCGGAGAAUGAUAUGGUCGAUGACAUCUCCCAGGAGCUGAACCACAACUCCAGGGACUUUGGCCAGUUGGCCGUGGAGCUCCUGGACCAGUCCUACAAGCAGGAUGAACAGCUGGCCAUGAAACUGCUGACGUAUGAGCUAAAGAACUGGAGCAAUGCCACAUGCCUGCAGCUCGCUGUGGCUGCCAAGCACCGCGACUUCAUCGCACACACGUGCAGCCAAAUGUUGCUCACAGACAUGUGGAUGGGCCGGCUCCGGAUGCGCAAAAACUCAGGCCUCAAGGUAAUUCUGGGAAUUCUACUUCCUCCUUCAAUUCUCAGCUUGGAGUUCAAGAACAAAGACGACAUGCCCUAUAUGACUCAGGCCCAGGAAAUCCACCUCCAAGAGAAGGAGCCGGAAGAACCAGAAAAACCCACAAAAGAAAAAGACGAAGAGGAUAUGGAACUGACCGCAAUGCUGGGACGGAACAAUGGAGAAUCUUCCAGGAAAAAGGAUGAAGAAGAAGUUCAGAGCAGGCAUCGGUUAAUCCCUUUGGGCAGAAAAAUCUAUGAAUUUUACAAUGCGCCCAUCGUGAAGUUCUGGUUCUACACUCUGGCGUAUAUCGGAUACCUGAUGCUCUUCAACUAUAUCGUGUUAGUGAAGAUGGAGCGCUGGCCUUCCACCCAGGAAUGGAUCGUCAUUUCCUACAUUUUCACCCUGGGGAUAGAAAAGAUGAGAGAGAUUCUGAUGUCAGAGCCAGGGAAGUUACUGCAGAAAGUGAAGGUAUGGCUGCAAGAAUACUGGAAUGUCACCGACCUCAUAGCCAUCCUUCUGUUCUCUGUUGGGAUGAUCCUUCGUCUCCAAGACCAGCCCUUCAGGAGUGAUGGGAGGGUCAUCUAUUGUGUGAACAUCAUUUAUUGGUACAUCCGCCUAUUAGACAUCUUCGGCGUGAACAAGUACUUGGGCCCAUAUGUAAUGAUGAUUGGGAAAAUGAUGAUAGACAUGAUGUACUUUGUCAUCAUUAUGCUGGUGGUGCUGAUGAGUUUUGGGGUUGCCAGGCAAGCCAUUCUCUUUCCCAACGAGGAGCCAUCAUGGAAAUUGGCCAAGAACAUCUUCUACAUGCCCUAUUGGAUGAUUUAUGGGGAAGUGUUUGCGGACCAGAUAGACCCUCCCUGUGGACAGAAUGAGACCCGAGAGGACGGUAAAAUAAUUCAGCUGCCUCCCUGCAAGACAGGAGCUUGGAUCGUGCCAGCCAUCAUGGCCUGCUACCUUUUAGUAGCAAACAUCCUGCUGGUCAACCUCCUCAUCGCUGUCUUUAACAAUACAUUUUUUGAGGUAAAAUCAAUAUCCAACCAAGUGUGGAAGUUUCAGAGGUAUCAGCUCAUCAUGACUUUCCAUGAAAGGCCGGUUCUGCCCCCACCUCUGAUCAUCUUCAGCCACAUGACCAUGAUAUUCCAGCACCUGUGUUGCCGAUGGAGGAAACAUGAGAGUGAUCCAGAUGAAAGGGACUACGGCCUGAAGCUGUUCAUAACUGAUGAUGAGCUCAAGAAAGUGCAUGACUUUGAAGAGCAGUGCAUAGAGGAAUAUUUCAGGGAAAAGGAUGAUCGAUUCAAUUCAUCCAAUGAUGAGAGGAUACGAGUGACUUCAGAAAGGGUGGAGAACAUGUCCAUGCGACUGGAGGAAGUCAACGAGAGAGAACACUGCAUGAAGGCUUCACUCCAGACCGUGGAUAUCAGGCUGGCACAGCUCGAGGACCUCAUUGGGCGCAUGGCCACUGCCCUGGAGCGUCUGACGGGUCUGGAGCGGGCCGAGUCCAACAAAAUCCGCUCUCGGACCUCCUCGGACUGCACAGACGCAGCCUACAUAGUCCGCCAGAGCAGCUUCAACAGCCAGGAGGGGAACACUUUCAAGCUCCAAGAGAGUAUAGACCCUGCAGAGCAUCCUUUUUAUUCAGUAUAAGCCGGCAGCAAGCAGUUCUACCUAACGUCCCACAUCCUUCUCAUGCCAACACUUCUGUAAUUGAUCAUUAUAAAGAAAGAACAAGGUAACAGUCAUAGUUCACCUGUCUCAUAUAUUAACUUCUGGUGCCACAACUGUUCAUCUUUUUUGAAGAAAAUAAGGGAAAAGAAAUGCCUUUUUGUAUAUUGCGAGUGAAAUGAAAGAAUUAAUGUUAAAAACAAAUGUCAAGUGGCCUAUUAUAUAGAGUGGGCAUUCAAGUAUAGUUGAGCAAGCUCAGGAUGAAUGUAACUAAGUAAUUUUAUAUUUCUAAUUUAUUUUGUAUCUUACCUGUCAUCAAUGAAUUCGCUCACUGAGCGUAUAAUAGUGAACUAACAAAAAAGAGAGCGGGCAGAACUCACCUAAAAUUGCCAUAUGGGAUAUCUCACCAGUCAUGUCAUGUGUGAUGCUGCUGUGUGACCUUCAUCAUGUGCAUGACCUCACCAUGUCUUCUGAACAUCUCCAAGAUGUAACUGCCAAUUUUUCACACCACUCAUCACAGGACCAUUUUGUAUAUGAAUAUCUGGUGGAUAUUUUCAUACCUAGAGUUUUGCCAUUUAAUCUGAGCUCAGCAUAAAUUUAAUUGGAGUUUUUCAAGGGCUGGUAUCUUUUUUACAGAAAUGUUCCAAAGUACUUUUUAAGGAAGUGACAAAACCAUAAAUAACCUUCGCAUUGACUGGGAGUUUGGUAUCAACCCAAAGCCAUCAGCUGCAGGCACACCAUGAGUAUUUUUCCUAUAUACAGAGCUAUUAAAAAAAAAUACAGUAGACUAAAAGAGAAAGAAAAGAAACCAUGUAAAGAGUUCUAUAACAUAUGCUGCUUAUAUACAUAUAUAUACAUUUACACAAAGAGACAUGUUAUAUAUAGUAUAUAAACAGGUAUAUGGAGCUUUGGACUUUUCUAUCACCUUGAGGUAUAACCACAAUUUUUAAUAUCCAAGGAAUUUCAUUGGAAGAAUUCAUUAUAUUUCAAGAGAUGUGGAAAUUAUGAUUUUCUAAAUCACUAUGACCCUAACAUUUUCUUGUACCAAACUAGAAUUGUCAGAAUGAAUUGCUACCUACGCGCUGCCCCCUCUUUUUUUUGCCCAAAAGCAGUCACUCUCAUGACAUCUCAUUUCUCCUGCACAAAGUGAUUACAUCAAGUACAACCUGAACAGACAUCAUUCUAAACCAGGUAGUAUUAUGGAUUCUAGAAUAUAGGUCUACAUGCUUCUACAUCAGAAUCUGGAUUUGAAAUGGGAUAAAGAAAUUUUGAUCCUCAAUUCUUUUGAUUUCUAUUUGGAUCACUGAUUUAAAAAAAUAAAAUAAAAUAAAAUCUUAAAGGAAAAUGAUUUAAUGUUCCUGGCCCAAAACAAAAACUGGUUCUUUUGUUUAGUGAUUGUUGGGAACCCCAAAUUUUCUCAUUAUGUGACAUCAAGUAAAUACAUGGGCAAAAACUUUAGCCUUUAAAUUUAAAAAAAAAAAUCUGAAUAAGAUUUUUGGGUGUAAAAGUAGUGAUGAGGCCCCAUAUAAAGAAUUAAGGGAUUUCUUUUUCACUCCUUAGUAUUUAGGUGAGUCAGAAACAAGCAUAUAUGCAUUUGGUCUGAGAUAAAUCAGUUGCCCUUAAACUUUCUAGAGUCAUGAAUCUCUUUUAGGAUCUGAUCAAAGCUCUGGGCCCUCUCCCCAGGGUAAAAAAUAUAUAUAUACAUAUGGAAAGUUGCAAUAUAUCUUUAAAAGGUUCUUGUACCCCUGGUUCCAUACUGAUUGAUGAUGAGAAAGAGGAACCAUGUUUGUUCAUAAUCAAUACAGUUGUAAUAAUAGGCACUUUACAUUUUGAGACCAAUUCUCUGUGAUUCUCAGGAAGGCCAAGUCUCAACACCAGAGUUAGAACCAAGAUUUUGUAAUUUAUGUUCCUUAGAUUAGAUUUUGCUAGUCUGAUAUGCUUACAUCCUAACAUAUUGAUGAUUAUAAGUACAGAGCACACUCACAAAGCAGGAAGG